AUGGCAAAGACUGUAAUGGUGAGGUGUUAUCUGCUCUGUUUAUUAACUCUUGCACUGUGUUGUGCCUGUGGGUUAGUAUGGGCUGAUAGUCCUAAAGCUUCUGAUGCCCUUAUUAAACCUUCUUCUAUUGGUGUUCCUUCUCUUGUUCGUCGCGCCGUUACUGCGUUUAUUAUCUGUGCUGGUGAUGAAAAGGAAGGUGAUGUUGAUUGUCAAUGUGUGAAGGAAGAACACAAUGGUGGGGAUACGGAACAUGGUUCUGCGCAUGGAGAUGGUGCUGCUGGUUCGAAUUCAUCCUUGGACAAUACAUCCGUUAGUCCUGGUGGUCCAGAUAGUGGUUCAGACCCAAAGCAGGUAGGUGGUGAAAUUCAACGAGAAUUGGAAAGUGAAAACGCAGGUAAAUUAAUAAGCUCAAAAGGUGAACACGAUCAAGUUUCUGCACCGCCUCCUGCCAUUUCAGAUAACCUAGCCCAAGGUGCUGGCGGUGUGAAUGGUUUGGAUUCCCAAGUUAACAAGGGCGAUAAUGGUGAGAAACAAAGUGAUAAUGAAAGGAGGGAAUUAUCACAAACAAGUAUCAUCAAUCCUCUACAGGGUGAAAAUGCAAAAGAGGAACCAGAUAAAAAACCUGAAGUAACACCUGUUGCUCAAUCUCCCAGUGAUCCCAAUGGAAAUUCUGAAGUCCUACAGACCCCAAGUCCGCAGGCACAGGAAAUAUCGUCAGUCAACACACAAGGGAGUCAGGAAAAGGAGCACAACGCUCAGAGUAAUAAUGCUAACACUGACAAUUCCACUCCACCAAGUAAGGAUGAAUCAACCACUACUGCCACCACCACCACCACAACAACAACAACAACAACACUUCCUCCUGAACUCACAAACAACAAGAAGGGUGAUGCAGACAGCAGCAGCAGCAGUAUCAGCAGUUCUGUGUGGGUGCGUGUACCACUACUGAUUGUGGUUACACUGGCCUGUAUUCUUGUGUGCUGA